UAAGUCAUAAAAACUAUAAUGAACUUUGAUACUAUAAUUAAGACGAAGAAAUAUUUCUUAAUUUUCCCAGACAAAAACAGGGAAACUUCUUUUUCUUGGUUGGUCAAAAGAAAGACUCGUAUUGAUUAAAAUUAAAAGGUAGUUUAUUUUUAUGUCUGAGAUGGUCUUGCAGCAGAUAAAACCGUCGAGUUCUUUUCUUCGACUUUUUUUUAUAAAUUAAAGUGAUUAGUGUAGCAGAGAAUGGCUUUAGCUGAUGACCAGCAGUUCUGUUUGAGAUGGAAUAACUUUCAAGCAAAUAUAACUUCUCAGUUUGAAACUUUACGUGAUGACGAAGAUUUCACUGAUGUCACGAUCGCCUGUGAUGGACAGAGGCUUCAAGCUCAUAAAGUUGUCCUUUCUGCAUGUAGUCCAUUCUUUAAAGAACUUUUCAAAACCAACCCAUGUCCUCAUCCAAUCGUCUUCAUGCGAGAUGUCGAGGCUCGUCACAUAGUAGCAUUGAUGGAAUUCAUGUAUGCAGGGGAAGUGAAUGUUGCCCAAGCUCACCUAUCAGCUUUUCUCAAAACUGCAGAGUCCCUCAAAAUAAGAGGCCUAACUGACACCUCCUCUGACACAGAUUCACAUAAAGAAGAAGAUACUUUAUACCUCAACCCCCAAUCAUCGAAAUAUUUGCCUACAUGUGCAAAUAAUAAACAUAAACUUGAGAGGCCACAAAUUUCUUCGUCGAGCACUGUAACCUCUAGUCAAGAUGUUCCCGAUGUGAAUUUACCAAAUAACUCUAGUCCGCCAUCUAAGAGACAAUGCAAGUCCGAGUCGGAACUACCCAGAUUGAGGAAAGACGACACAACCAACACAUUUGCCAUUAGUGAAAGUAUCAAUCAAUUAGAUUUAACCAAAAACGCACUGCAACCCAAGGUUGAACUGCCCGAUUAUUUAAGUGAUGUCGACGUUGACGAUGAUGUCAGAGAGGACCAUUUCGAUGGUUUGCCUAAUUUCUAUCCUCAUGGUGACGUAACAGAAUUGCCAGGAGGCAUGGAGAUAAUUCCACAAACGACUUCAUAUAGCUCAAAGGACAAACAGGAUUUCACAGGUCACGGUCUUCGGUUUCGUAGGCGCAGAUCUUCUGAUCACUGGCUGCCCUUUAGUCUUCACCAAACAAGUGGCUUACUAGACGAUUCAUCCGAAUCUUCUAGAUUACUUGAUAGAAGAGACGGAGAAAGGAGUAAUAGACUGAUUAAGUUGGGGGAAGGGAUAGAAAUCUACGAGGAUCAAUUACGUAGCGUUAAGUGGAACGAUUAUAGGAAGUUAACAAGAGGUUUAGCUACAAUUCUUUUCAGUCCGGCGGAACUGGCAACGUGUUCCGUAACGGGACAGAGGUGGAGUCGAGCUGGGAGCGGGGAACGACCUGUGAAGCCAGCACUGGACAGGGCCAAAGUUCAAGCAAUAAUAUCAUAUGUAGCCACAAGAUUUCCUAUGGUUGAAAUAAGUAGGAUUAAGCAAGUCCUGGCUUACAAAUGCAAGGAAAAUUCUACUGCAUUUAAAAUGAAGGCUGUUAGAUAUUAUGGUGAUCAAAUGAGUAAGUAGGGAAUAUAUUACAGAGGGUACUAAAGAAUCAAGAAAAUAAUGUGUCAAAGUAUUUGUACUAGUUAUAUAAUUAGUGGAGAUAUAUAUACUAUUAUAUUUUAAUAUAAUUUAUUGUUCAUGUUUUC